GUGAUAGGUGGAGAGGAAGAGCACUGUCAGAGACACCGGUUGAGGAAGUAGCGUGUUGUGGAAGACCUUGGUUAGGAAUGAUCCCAAAUUGCUGUGUUUAUUGAUAUAGAUAGUUUGACAUAUGCACAUAGAAAGAAAACGUGUCUGAUAGGACGGUGGUUCUGACUUUUAAAUGAGGGAAAGAUGACAUAACUUGACGUUGUCACUGCCUGUUUAGCUCUACUGGAACGAAGUUAAACUUCUUCUUCUUCUUCUUUAUUAACUAAAUGUAGGAGUAAGAAGAUGAAUUCUCUGAGACGCUUCAUGCAGAGCAGGUGUUUGUUUCACAUGAGUAAAGUGAGGACAUCAGGGUCCGGGAUUAACAACCAGAAAAGACUGUUUAGUAAGACCAGGAGCUGCAGAACUAUCAUGCCCGCCUGGGUCAUAGAUAAAUAUGGGAGCAAUGAUGUGCUGAGAUUCACUAAAAACGUCAGUUUCCCUGUCAUCGACUACCCCAAUGAGGUUAUUGUCAAAGUGUUUGCUGCAGGACUGAACCCUCUGGACGUCAGCAUGAGAGGUAAGUCUGUUUACAGUCCCAUCACAGUCAGCGUUAUGGUCAGAACAUGUGCACAAACAGGCAGGACUGGAUGAAAUGAUAUGAGAGAAAAUAGGUGCAAUAUUACUGAUAAGUGGUGCAUAACGGUUUAAAGUUAAUAAAAUAAAGAAUGCACGUGACAUUAGACCCACAAAUUUAAAAUAGACCUGCCAUUUAACACAAUCACCAGUGUUUGCAAUAUUCAUUUGACUCAGUCAAAGAAAAAGGCAGAAAUUGGACAAUUGUAAGAAACAGAAGAGGUUGAGACUAAUACAAACCAAUAACAAUAAAACAUUUUAAGUGCAACUGCAUUGGAGAGGAGAUGAAAAUAAGUUAAAGGAUCAAAAGCAUCCAAAUAUAAAAAGUAAAAAAUACAGAUAAAGAUCAAAAUAUAUGGUUGAAUAUAAAUAAGACGUGAAAUACUUAUAUGACAAUGGUCAAUGAUAAACCAUCAUAACAUCAAAGAACAGCACUAAUAAAAGCCAAACUAAGGAGAAAGGUCUUUAGUUUACCCUUAAAAGUGUCAGCAUUUUCAGCUUCGCUAGGAUCCUUUGCUGGCAGACUUUUCCAGUUUUGGAGCACAAUGGCUUAAGGCAGCAUCAUCAAAUGUUUAACUUCUACUCUGAAGAACAAUUAAUAAAGACGAGCCAGAGGAUCUAAGAGGCCUUUGGGUUCAAAAACCACACAGAGCCUUAUAAACAAGUAAAAAACUUAACAAUCAGCCAGUGUGAAUUUUUGAAAAUAGGUGUAAUUUAUGCUCUCUCUCUCUCUCUCUCUCUCUCUCUCUCUCUCUCUCUCUCUCUCUCUGAACUGUGGCUGGUUUAUUGUACUCUUUGGUAGGGAGAGCAUAUCAUUAGUCUGGCCUCCUAGUAAAAAGAGUAUGCAUUAGUUUCACUGUGACAGAAAUGGCAUCAGAUAUGUUCUCUUGGUGAUAAAAUGCCAUUUUUGUCAGAGAGCAUAGAUGUGGUCUAAAGUUAAAACCAGAGAUGAUCAAAUACAACACCAAGAUUUCUUUCUCCUUGGUUAAGGUUAAGUCCAUUUCAAUUAUUGUGAAGGUUGGUCUUUAUGAUGAUGUUUCCAUUACUGCUUUGUAAUUCUUGUCGUCUGUUAUUCGAAUAAGCCUUAACGUCAGUGUAUUUAAAGUAUUACUUGUCAUUCCUCAUCCUCUUGAUAUGUCACCAGAACAUGUCUUACAAAGUGACCUUUCUCAGAGACUAAUACUCCCGCAGUGAAGACCACAAUAAUGAAUCAGACCCUUUACUGAAAACCCUUCUAUCUGAAUGAGCAGUGUGGUUCACGGGCUUACUAGCAUUAAACCGGUGCAACACAACAGAUAAACAUCUGUGUCUGACUUCAGUGCAUGACACGCGAUCUGCAGAUGGGCUGAGAUCUGUCUAAAGGGUGAGCACUGGUGUUCAGCUGACAUACUGGAAUGUCUCUACUGAUAAUAAAUAAUCAGAUUUAAAAAAUCUAAAAGCCUGUGGUGACUAAAAAAAGUCAUACCUGGCAUGUGAAGGCAUUUACAAACUGAAAAGAUGAUUCUUUGAGUUAAUUUUAUCUGGAGAGAGUAAAAUAGAUACUGAGCUGUACAGAUAAGAGACAGAGUAGACUGAUAUUUCCUGAGGCUGCUUUUCGUUUCUGAAAUCGAAUCAUACAACCAGUCAUCCUUCUCCCACACAGAUAGUGCCUGUUUUACCACUCUGUAGUCUUAAAGGAUGUGGGUUCAGUGGGGGUGGAUUGAAAAAGGGUGAACGCUGUUAUACUUCUAAGUUUGAUGGAAAUUUAAGUUUCACUAUUGGGAUUUCUUUUCUUGCUAGUUAAAGGCAGUUAUUUAGAGAUGGAGCUUUUGAUCCUCAUGUUUCAUGCAAGUUCUCCAUGUCAGGAUAACAAACACAAAAUUUCUCUCAUCUUAAUUCUGCUUAUCAUUUGCAUGUGAAAUUUACAUUUUCAGGUCAGACUUCGCAUGCUGGCAGUGAAGAUUAAAAAGUUAACCGGGAAAAAUCCUUAAUUUUUUUUUAAAUGGGUGGACCGAGGCACCUUUUCAAGCUUCCAUACCUGGAAGCUCAGUAACUCUUAUUAGGUAAUGAAAUUCAAAAAGGACAUUUAAAAGCAAAGUUGCAUUUUAAAAAUAUUUUAUAAAAGCUAAAAAAAGUUGUUAUAUAUUUAGAGGACAACAUAAAGUCAAACACUUCAAAUUUAGAUUCAAAUAUGUCCGUUACAUUAACAAUUAACUGUGCAAAAUAAAGUCACAUUGCUGUUCUUUAUAGUUCUGCAGGUAAAGGCAUUACACACUUUAAUGGUGCCCAUGCAAGAAUCUAGUCCUGAUCCUGGUGGGAUUAGGUGCAUAUCAUCCCCCCGUCUUUCCCAUCUUCCUAUACCAGUCCUGUCCAAAUGAAAGAAAAAAGACCCUUAAACUUAAAAAAAGCUCUUCAGUGACCUUUUUUUUCUCAUUCAAGGUUAAAUUGUUUUGAAGCUGAAGUCUUUGGCUGUAUUCAGACGCUCUGCUCUCCCUGUCAGGUGGUUAUGGUGCUGCAACUCUGUCUAUGAAGAGAGACCCUCUGAACAUCAAACAGUCCAACAGUGAGUUCCCUCUUAUCCUGGGACGAGACGUGUCAGGGGUCAUCAUGGAGUGUGGCCUGGACGUGAAGUACUUCAGAGAGAGAGAUGAGGUAAACAAAGGAAACGGUGUAUAUUAUACCUCACCAAAAUAAAGUACUCAUGUAUCACACAGGGCUUUGUUUUAGCAAAUAUUUGGUGAUAUAAUCUAUCUGAUGAUGCAGGAGAUACGGUUCAAUAUAGUGCAAUAAACUUGAGGAGUGUGAGUGAAUACAUCACAGUCUAAAAACUGGAGGGGACUGGCCUGGAAGAGUGAGCGUGAGGUACUUUAUCACACCCUGUCAGCACGAUAGUACCCCCCCCGCAGGUUCUGAUUGCUGGAGAGGGUGCAGCGAACAAAAGACCAAUCAAGCACACAGUUUCUUUAGUUAGACAGUAUUGGCACUGGGGCUGUCAUGAUAUCAGAUAACAUGUCCUUUUAAUAUUGCAAUAACAGUAUACAGAAAGCUUGAAAAUAAAAAAACAUAAUGAGCCAAAUGAGGAACAGGGGUUUAUUGAAAUGAUAUUUUAAAAUCUUUGAUUGCAAUAAAAAUUUGUAAGCAAAGCAUUAUACUGCAGUUUUGUUUUUCUGCUAUAGCAUGGAGAACACACCACCAUAAAUGCACAAAAUCUGAGGGUGAAAAGGUAACUUUCUGUGACAGCGAUUCCCAAAAACUGCAUCUUUAAGUGAUAGGCUGUAAUAUCAAACACACUUGUCUUUGCAGCCUGAGCAAAGGAACUACCAUACAAUGAAAACUGCACUGCUCCUUGUCAGAAUCAGUAAUGUAUCACAGAAUGUUAGGUCAUGGUACUCAAUACCCAAAUAAAACUUGCCAGGAAAUCCUCCCUGUUCACGGUAACAACUUGUUCCUGGACACUGAGUCAUACAUGAAUUAAGUAUGAGAGUAAAGUUUGUAGUCAGGCGUGUGUGCAGUAAACAAAAACAUCAGAAACAACAGGAUUACAGGUACCUCACUGUUUUUCUUGGAAUCAAUGUGUCUGAGCACUGUAGAUCAGUUCAUCCAUUCAGUGUCCAAUAUGUCACAGAGACCCUUUUUCCUGGAUUAUGUAUUGUCAUCCCAACUGGGUUUAGAAACCAAACAUGACUCGGAUGUUUUCUGUGUCACAGCUGAAAAUAACUUAUAUUGAAAUGGGCCCAAGAACAUAAGCUUUAAGAGCUAUCCAGAUGCUUCAAGCCACAUACAUUUUUUUUCUCAGGUGUUUUGUUGGUCUGUUUCCAUAUUUUCAGUAGUAAUGUUUUUCUUUGUGUCCCCCUUAGGUGUGGGCUGCUAUCCCUCCAUGGAAGCAAGGCAGCCUGGCUGAGUUUGUGGUGCUGAGUGCCAAUGAGGUUUGUUCAUUUAUUUAUUGAUUUGAUUCUAUUGUGUUGCACUAUAUUGUAGUGUGUUCUGAUGUAUAUUAUUGUAUCCUGUCCUACAAUAUUGUAUUGUAACUUAUCGACUGUAUAGACUUGUAUCAAAAGAUUGUUGACUCUACUGUUCCGCAUACUUCAGAACUGUAUAAUAUGAUAUGAUACCAAAUGAAUAUAUCAACAGGAUGGGAUACGAUAAGAUCAGUAUAAGGAUGGAACAAAACACAACAAGACACAAAAUAAUACAGAGAAUAUAACAUGAAAUGAUAUAUGUUAAAAUACAAGAUGAAACAAUAGGAAAAUAAAUAUUACAAAACAAUAUGCUGAACUUUAUAACAAUAAGAUAAAAUUUGAUCAUACAAAAUAAAAUGAUUAGUGUGAUAGAGUACAAUAGAAUAUAAGAUACAAGUCAGGAUAUGAUGCGAAACAAUAUAAGAUACAAUACAUAUUACACUGUACUGUAUCUUAUCAAAGUGUAUUGAAUUGUAUAUCUUAUCAUUUAAUAUUGUCUUGUAUACAGUCUUAUGUCGUACUAUAUAAUAUAUUUUGUAUCAUAUUGUGCCAAUUUGUUUCUUUUUGUGUCACCCUGCAUUUCUUACCUCUGCUGUCCAUAUUAUAGUGAUAUGUGUUGUCAAUUUGAGUGUGUAUCAACAUAACUGAAAACCAACUAUAAAAUCUGUCUGUCUGAAACUAAAUCUGUCAUUUUCUUGAUAGAUUCAGACCUUCUCUCAUGACUUAGUCUUGGUUAGAAUAGUACUAUGUGCCAUGAAAAUGCUAUUUUUUUAAGUGUUAUCAUUAUAAACCAAUGUGUGUUGUGGUCAGAUUUCCCACAAACCAAAGUCUCUAAGUCACACCGAGGCAGCAGCCAUCCCCUACGUGGCGACCACUGCCUGGUCUGCACUGGUUAACACCGGGGGACUCAACAAGGACAACUGUGCUAAGAAACGGUGAGGGGACAUAGACAGACACGAACACACACAUACUCAAAGACACACACUUUUCCCUCUUAAUUUCAGUCCACCCUUCUGCAGGAAGCUCCCUGUCUUUGAUGAAACCAAUUAUUUCACUCCAUCCAAGCUUGGCCCCGUUAGCCUGCCCUGCUCCCUAAUGAGCCUCAGGGUGCUGUGCCUCUCUGGCAGCUGUUCAGGCGCUCCCUUACACUGCUGUGAAGUUGACACCCUGAAGCUCAGAGUUCGGUUGACAUGAAUCUUAAUGAGAGAGAAUCUGUGCAACAAAAGUGAGGAGAACAUUUCCAACACGGUCAUUUUUAUCCAUCUGCUGUUUCUCUGCAGGAUCCUGAUCCUCGGAGGAUCUGGGGGAGUUGGAACAUUUGCUAUACAGGUACAGACGCUGUUAUGUAACACAUAUACCUUCCCUGAAUACGAGAGUGUAAAUGUAUACUCUAUAACUGCAGUCUGAAUAAAGAGGGCUGACGGUGGUCUUAUAAAGUCUGUUCAGGUUUGAAACUCAACCACAUCUUACCUCCUGACCUGAAUUCUGGGGUCACAUUGCACUGAUGUAACACUUGAUCUCAUUAAUCAUAUAUUCUCUGUGCCUCUUAUAUAUGAACGAACAAUCUGAAUCAAACCAGUUAUUAUGGAUUGCACCAAUCAUAAAUUUUAUCACAAGAAUCAGGCAAAUUAAAUUGUCAUUUGAAAUCAUGUAAUUGACACUUCAAUUUGUGCACAGAUGCUAAAGGCCUGGGGAGCCCAUGUAACUGUUACCUGCUCCCAGAAUGCCGAGCAGUUUGUCAGGGAUGUGGGGGCGGACCAUGUGGUGGAUUACACUGUUGGGCCUGUGGAGGAGCCGCUGAGAGCUCUUGAGAAGUAAGAACAUCUUCAAAACACAGAAACACAUUACUUUAGUGUUGCUUUUUUACUGUCUGUAUCAGUGACCUGCCAAGUUACCAUGGCAACAAAGUCCCUCCAGCUGCAGGCAGCUCCACUUCUUUUUUCUCUUUCCGCGUAUAAGUUUCCAUUUCCUCUUACUUUGUUAUCAGUCCUCAAAGACCUGCUUGUGUACAGGUUUACCCACAAUCCCCCUCUUUACCUCCAGAUUUGACCUGAUUCUGGAUAACGUUGGGGGAGACACAGAGCGAUGGGCAUUGACACUACUUAAGCCAUGGAGUGGAGCCAAGUAUGUCACCCUUGUAACGCCAUUCCUCCAGAACACAGACAGGCUGGGUAUCGCUGACGGCAUGGUACAGACCGCUGCUACCAUGGCUACCAAAGCUCUGAAGGUAACAUCAUUGUCCAAUAACGCUUAAGCACCUGGUUUUGUUGAUUUUGGCGCCCCCUGUGGAUAAAAGUUAUAACUCUUUUAAAAAAAGCUGUUUCUUCAGCCUCCUGUCAGGUAUUUGGUCUGAGUAAGAGAAAUGAUCAGUCUUGCAACCUUUACCUGCACACUAAAGAUCUAAAUUAAAGUAUUUAUUUAAGAACUUGGAGAAAUGCUGAUUUCAGUGACACAAUAAUCUAUUCAAACACAAACUAAUAAAUAGUAGAAUCAGAAAAACAUGUUUUCGAGAGCUGCCAGGAGCAUACAGCAUAUCUCUGUUUUCUAACAAUGUGUUUAUACCUUUUAUGCACACUCAACAAUAGGCCCCGAACUUCUCUUGCAGAACCGCAGAUUGCAUCAUCAGAAGACUCAGUUCAGUACAGACUGAUUUCAAAAGAACAAACAACACAUUUUCCUAAUAUGGUUGUUGACACAGCAGGAAGAAAGGUUAAAAAAACAGCAGAUCAUGGCUCAACUUCAUGAUGCAAUAUUGUCGAAAUAUUACGCCUGUAACUGCACAUUUCAGUUGGACUGCCUUGUGACUAAAGAUGUCAACCUUUAGAGGUACUUUAGGAUUUGUUAAAACACAUAACUUUAUUAUAAAUGAAAUUGGUUAUCAUUUGUUUUAGUAUAAAUAUCAACAUAACAUCACUUUCAGCCAAUUGAAGCUUAAAAAAUCAAUCACAGUCUACCUCAGCGAGCAUCCUCUACCUCAGCCAUAUAACACAGCUAAGAAAUACUUAAAGUAUAUCUGUGACCAUAUUUCUGAAAGUAGGAAAGAAUACAGUCAUCAAUUAUGGUAAAGUUAAAGGUUGUUUUUGUGUCUUUAGAGUAUCUGAUUAUCAAAUACUGGCCAAAACCAAAAAAUUGUGCAUCCAUCACUAGUGGUAUUAGGGAUUGUAGUAAUGCAAGUCAGUAAAAAGGCAAAUCUUGAAUCCUUAAAGGGAUAUUCCAGUGUAAAUUUAAGUUAUGGUCAAACACACCGUAACACCGAGUUAGACUCCCCCUCGAGAGAUGAAUGUUGCCGACUGCUUGCUUCUCUAGAUAUACCAACUUCAUCAAUGACCGCAGGAUAGCAAUACACAGUCUACGUCUCCACGCGCAAACCUCAACCAAAAAGCCACUCUAUGGCCACAAAUAACGCUCAGAACAGCACCUAACUUCAUCAACAGUACAUAUAGGGUCCCAGCCAUAGUACAAGCCAUCAAACAUGUUUUAGCUUUGCCUGGUUUCUUUAGCAACAAGACCAAGUGUAACUCACCGACUCUCUUCCAGCAGCCGCUUGGUUGUGGGGGGGCCUUGACAAGUCGAUCACUGAGUGCAGCAGAGAUUCGCAGCUCAAGGAAGAACAUAUAUGAUUUUUACUCGUGGUAAUGCAAUCAGACUGAGACACUAAGGCAAAAUAACUACUGCUUCUGCAGUGCACAUACAAGAUACACAAGAACCCUGAUUGGAUUUCCAUGAAGUAAUAAUAAUAAUAUAACUAGAGAAGCAAGACUCAGUGUUAUGGUGUUUUUGACCCUAACUUAAUUUACACCAGAAUAUCCCUUUAAUACUAAAAAAGACACCUGGACAAACACCUCACAACACACUGGAUUCAUUUGGAAAAAGUUGGUGAUGUAACUGGAUAUGGAAGAGCUUCACCACUUUGUAAAGGGACGGCAUGAGCAAAUUUUUCAGCAAUUUCAGAAUAAUCUGUCUCUGUAAAUAAUAAGGUGAUUUCCUCUCCACUGUACAUGUUAUUGUUAAAGGUUCAGACAAUCGAGAGAAAUCUCUGUAAAAAAACAAGGGUUAAUAAGGACUUUUGGCCCCUCAAGUGACUCUGCAUUAAAAACAGACAUGGCUCUGUAGUGGAAAUCACUGCAUUGACUUAAUACCACUCUAUUAUCUUUGCAAUACUGUACUAAAGUGAAAUUUUUUGGUUUAAGUAAUUUGUGAAAAAAAAAAAAAAAAUCAAAUUCUGUUUAUCAUUUUUGUGCAUCGUCCCAACUUUUUUAGUGUUGCGGUUGUAUGUUUGGAUCUGUGAGAAAAGAGUUGACUCAGAUCUCACAUGGUCAGUGAACACAUGUAUGUCUUUGCUAAACAUCUGAUUUCCAAACCACAAACGUGCGUCAAACCAGCUCCUCUCCUGCAGAGGAAGAUGGUCACUCUGAUUUGGACACCAAGUUGGUAGUGUGAGCGUCUUUCCACCCUGAUAAGAGAGAACAUCUUUUCCAGUAUGGUUUAUGCGAUGAUGACACUCAGGUAGCCAUGGCAACAGGUUUCUCAGUCAUCAUAAGACAACAGAUAUUCAAUAUCUAUUCCUGAAAAAACAUAAAUGCAUGUGAGUUAUAUACAGCAAGUGAUGUUAGUCAGCUUCACACACACACACACACACACACACACACACACACACACACACACACACACACACACACACACACACACACACACACACACACACACUCUUGGAGCUGAGUAUCAAGUGUAAGUUGCAUCCUGUCAGUGUGCCCAGUGUGGUGAACAUCAUGCUCAGCAGAGCUUGCAGGCUGUGCAUUUGUGGCGUGUGUGUGUGUGUGUGUGUGUGUGUGUGUGUGUGUGUGUGUGUGUGUGUGUGUGUGUGUGUGUGUGUGUGUUUCACAUCCGUGUACCUCCAUCACCACUUUUUUUCAAUCCAGAACUUUGUGAUGUUUCAAUGUCCUUGUGGCAACAAGCAGACCAAAAAAGUAACAGCUCUACUUCCUCUCUGUUUCAGAUCACACCUCAAACCAAAUCCUUGCUCCAAUUUAAUUUGUCAGGUUAAUUUGGAUAUUAUAAAAAAAAAUGGUAAAAUAUCACCCCAGAUUAUCCCCCUACUAAUCCAAGAAAUUAGAAUUAAGUUUAGUAUGAAAUAACUCAAGAACAUCAUAAAAAUGAUACAUUUAAGCUUGAAUAUAUCUACAAAUAACUGAAGAUUGAGGAGAAAUCUCUCUGCGGUUGUGCUGAAAAAGUAUUUAUACUGUUGCUGUCAUCUUCAAAAAUCCUGGGUCUGACUGAGGAAAAUGAGUUAGUAAUAAAUGUAAACUGAACUAACACUUCAGAGUUCAAACCAAAGAUCAGAUGUUCACCUUCAGCUCGGGGUGUACAGGAUGAAGCAAUAAAGUGAUGCCUGUUGCAAUUUAGAUUCUGACUUCCUCACCGUUUCUCAGUAAAGCAAGAGGUAAAUUUCUCAUGCAUUUGAAGCGGAAGAAGAAGAGGGUGUAAGGUGGCGUGAAGACUCCUGGGACGUCCCCAGAAGACCUGACCCUUUUCUUUUUUUACUGUGUAACUGUCAGACUGUGGGGUUUGUCCCAGGGCUAGGAGCAAUGAUGGCAGCUACAGCUUUGAGUUGAACCAAACACCUUUAUUUCAACCUCUUUUAUUCUUUUCUGUAUUUUUUCCUCUCCCUCUCCUUUUAAUCAUUUCUCAUUUUGGUCAGAGAGCGAAGAAGUGGUUAGACAGCAGGAAGGAAGGUGGAAGUGAUAAAUAAAAACUUUCAGAAUAAAAACCACGAAAAUUGUAAAAUUUUGCUGGUAAAGGCAUUAACAGGAAUCAGGCACAUGAUCAGCAAUUCAGAGGAUAAAUAAUGAAGAUCUAUGUCCUGCAGUAACUUACAAAAAGGACCAGAACUGUGGUGUCUCAGUAUGAUUGUAUAUUUAUUGCAUGGUAUCAAUAUUUCAUUUAAAAAAAGAUCAUUAUUGAGACACCAUGUCCUUUCUCUUUGCUGCUCAAGAAACCAUCUGUCGUAUUUUUUAGAGAAACGAUCAACUUUGUCCUGAUCAAAAUCAUCUCAACUUUCCAAAUAAAAGGCGAUGAAGCUCAUUAUAAUAGUGUUUUAAUGGUUGCACCUUGUAUUUGAGUUAGUGUAAAGGAGGUCAAACUUGGAGUUUGUUUUCUAACAUUAUAUGGUCAGUCAGAGCCAAAAUCAGACAGGUUUUUUAGACUCCACAGGUGUGUCUGAUUCAAGAUGCUGAUGGCAUGGAUGGAAGAAAGACACUUCAAGAUGGCACAUCUGAGUGUGAAGAAAGAGAAGGAUUUACCCUGUGGUUUUCUACACCGGAAACAAAAACAAUACGUACACCUUCAUAUCUCAUCUUUUCUUGUUCAUGCACUCACUGUAAACUCUGUCAGAAAAAGGAGAAGUAAGGCACCACCAGCCGGUAUGGUUAUUGCAACAUGUUUUUUCCUGAGGAGGCUGGAAAUACACGGCCUGAGCAACUCGUAUAUGGAGAAAACCAGUACAACCCCUACACACACACACACACUCACAGACACAAAGACAAAUCUAUGAUGAAAGGAAAUGUUACCUAACUGUUCAAGGUGUAGAGAAAAAGAGAUUGUAUCUCCACCUAGCUGUCUGACAUGUAUGGUCCUCUUACAGUCAUUUUGUAUUUCUCUGUAUGUAUUUAUGUGUGCAUACUGUACGCUUCAGUGCAAUUAAUCCUAUUCUACUGCAAUCCUAAUGAGAGUGUAUACAAAACACAUCGUAAAAUCUUGAGCUCUUUCCAUCAAGUAAGACAUAUUUUAAAUGUACAUCAGCAGUGCUGAUUGUUUGCACAUUUUUACUGGAUAUCACUUUUACAAUCUUUUGUUUACAUGCAAAAGGAGUUACCUGCUUUCCUCAGGUGCAUGUUUGGUAGUGAAGAAAUAAAGCAGCUUUUUUGGUCAUUGAGAGACAUUUUGCCAACAAAGAUGUUGAAUAAAAUUUGAGAAAAAGAUGAGCAGACAGAUGAAAGAGCUGUGAGUUGAAGUUAACAUGCAUGCUUUAAUAUCAGCUGUUGGAGUAUUGAUAUGAUCUCACAUGACACAAUUCUCUGAUUAUGCAGGUGCACAUUUUGAUGCUUUUCUUCUCUUUCUGUUUCUUACAGCAUCUGGUCAGUGGAGUUCACUACCGUUGGGGGUUCUUUGCACCUAGCGGUCCUGCUUUGGAUGAAAUAAGGGAGAUGGUGGAUGCUGGACAGGUACAACUUCAGGCUCUCUUAACUCUUCACAGACUGAAAACAUUGAUGUCUCUCUCCUCUAGAUAGUGUGCACAUCAGAAUGAAACUUGAGCCUGAUGGCCUUGGGAAGUUAUUUAGUGCCAUGAAAGAAGUUUAGGUGUAUAGAUAUACAUGCAUGGCUGUAUAAGAGGAGCCUUGUCAUGGGUUAAGGUUGUAAAUGAAGUUUGAAGAGGUUCAGAUUUGCAGUAGGACUUAAAGAAGUCGGAAGAAGGAGCUGAGGAGCUUGAGCAGAUGUUGUCUUUCAGACCAGGUGCAAAGACAGUAAACCGUAAUCAUUGGAGAGGGUCUACUAAAGAUAGGACUCAGCUAAAGUAGAACCUUAACGCUGCAUUUUGAAGGUUUUACAUUUCCAUUGCAGAAGCAGAACAAUAUUUAUUAUCAGCAUUUUUGCUUCAGCUUCUUCGCUAUUCAAUUUUUAAUUUUAGAAACUUGAGGAGAGAUGAGAUAACAUCUAAAAAUUUUGAGAAUGAUUUGUGUAAAAGUAUGAAAUCAGUGCAGCUCGACUUGCCCACCAACAUGUGAGCAUCAUCUGUUUAAGAGAUAUGUCCUGUCAUUAUUUAUAAACCUUCUUUUUGCACUCAAUGCAUCUUUUGUCUGUCAGAUCCGGCCUGUGGUGGAGGAGUCUUUCAGCUUCUCGCAGGUUCCUCAGGCCUUGGAGAAGGUGGAGAAGGGUCAUGCUCGAGGGAAGACUGUGGUCCAGAUCAGCAAAGGAGGAGACGGCUUAUAGCACCGAUUCUAAGAGGGACUCUGUGUGUGGUUCUUCACAAUCCUAAAACAAACUGAGGGUGUUCGAGUUGAAGGACGAGGCUGUGCAAGUGAGGUACAGGGAUACAGAAAGGACUAAUCAAGUGGUGAUCAGUGUGUGUGGGUCUUAUUGCUUCACUGUCUGAGGAUAACUCUAAAUAUUCUACCUUUUUCAGUGGCUUAAACAAAGAAACUAAUGAGAAAAGCCAAAGAAAGGGAACAAUUACAUCUCAUAAAUUUAUUCAGUCGAAACAUUUUAGCAAACACUGAAUGUACACAAAAAAAGAUGCUACGUAAACGAAUAAAUCCUUUCCUUAAACUGA